UAUCUACAUGCGCAGAAGAUGGUAUGUAGUAUGUACUUACAUAUAGGUUAAAGAAUUUUGUUGCCUGUAAGGUUAUUAUUACUGAUCACAUAAUCUUAUUUCUCACAAAAUCAAGUUUGUUAUUGUGGAACGUGAUAUUUUCAUCGAACAAUACAAAAUGCCAGGAACACCGAUGAAGGAAGAAAACGAUACGUUACAGAAACUACAAAUAACGGAACGCCCUCCGGUUGUAAACUGUGAGCCUGUUGUGCGAGAAAUAACGCAAACCGAUAGAUUAAACAAAAAAUUAUUAGUAUCCCUCUUAGAAAGAAUGAAUAAAUCAAAUGGUGAAUUCGAUAAAUUUAUGGACAAGGGAAAUACUAGUUACGAUUCUCAAGAUGAUAAUGAAUUUUAAGUAAAAUGUAAAUGUGUGUUUUGAAACAUAACCUAAAUACCACUGACUGGCUAUAUUACCGUUACAAUUGUACAAUUACUAAGGAAUAAAUAUUACUUGAUAAAAAACAAAGUAAAAAAUUUUCUGUGUUCAAAUAUUAAUUGUAUUUAAGGACAACCUGAGAACAUUAAAUGCAAAUUUAGUAUUUCAUACAUACAUACAUACAUAUACAAAGUGGCGGUACAACUUGUUGAAUAUGACGACAUUAUCGAAUACUUCCGAUUACGAUGAAGAAGAUGAGCACGACAUAAUAGCUGAAUA